UUUACUCCCUUUGCCAUCUGCCGCCAUAGAAAUACACGCUAACAGUACUAGAAGAAAAAACCCCUCCUGCUACUGCCUAGUGCGGCAGUGCCUGGUUGCUGACCUUCCAUCCAUCCCCUCAAAACGAAAGGAAAGCCAAAACCUAACAACAUCACAAACAGUAUCGAUGGCCGAUUUCUACACUGUCUUCAUAGACACCACUCUCGACACUCACCUCGCCUUCAUUGUCUCCGCUUCCGACACUGUCUCCGACCUCAAGAAGAAAAUACUUCAUGAACACAAGCUCUGUUUUCCGACCAACGGGGACAUUAAAAUUCAUGCUUUGAAGGUAAAACGUCGAGGGAUCUUGUACCAUCUAUCAGAAUCCAUGUUUGUAAAGAGUGCCUUUGAUGGCACCGGUAAAAAUUGGUUUGUUAGUGUUGAUGCUUCUACUAUAGAGGAGAAUAUUGACAACCUAGCAGCUCAGGUUGGUACCACAAACAAUGGUUCAACUGACGAGGUUAACCUUCUCCCUGAUAGCCAUCCAAAAAGCUUGUUCAAUGUUGUUGAUUUAUCCCUGCAGCUAGAUGAGAGUAGUCGGCUUGCAAAACAGAGGGCUUCUGUUGCUGAACAGCUAGGUUUGGAUUUUGCUGGAAACGAAGAAUUAAAUAAUUCAAGCAUAGUUGCAUAUAAAGGUGAUUGUUACCGCAAGGUUAUGUCACUGGCUGAUGACAACAAUGGGUCAAAUCCUCCUAUAUUGGAGAAAUAUGAUGAACCUGGCAAGGAAAAGGAAGUACAAGCAACACCAACUGGAAGUGUGGGAGGGGGUUCUGGGGAUGGGAUUGGUGAUAUGCAAGGCAGUGCACCAUCAGAUGGAGCUCUCACAACAGGAUCUGGUGCGAAGAAAAAGAAUAAAAGGAAGAGGAAAAGUAAGGAUAUUACAGAUGACCUCUCUGGAAAAGAAAAGGAGGCCUCAGGAUGUCAAUCUGGUGAAAAUGAAUCACAACAAGAGAGUGCUGCGAAUAAAAGGCGUAAAAUUGAGGAGGAAAACAGGGGUGAUGGUUCUGUCAAGGAGAAUGAAAUUGUCCUUUCUGAUUCUAAUAAAGAGAUAUCCAAGCACCCUACAAUCUCUCAGCACUAUUUAGUAAACAAUCAGAAAAAUGCACACGCUGCUUUACACUGUUUAUCUUCUGAAACUUUGGACGGUCUCAGUUUGCUAGCAGCCUCUCAAGGCAGUGGGAAGGGGAACAAGAAAAAGAAAUCUGUAAAUCCUCUUAAUCUAGAAACUGCUGCUGUUCCUUCAUCCACCGAUGUUACAGGAGAGACCAUGGAAGUUAACCCCAAGGAUUUCAGCAAAGAGCCCGAUACAGUACCUGUUCCUGUCCAGGGAGUAACAAUUUCUGAGUCUUGCGCUGUCUCUGUGAAGGAAAAACACACAGAUCCUGUCCAAGAAGAUGGUAGACCCUCUUCACAAGGGAUUGAUAUGAGUGACACGGAUACUACCAAUGCAAAAAGUAGACAUGAUGCCCCUGAACUAGCUGCUGCAUCCGCUGCCAAAAAAAGGAGUCCAAAGAAUACCAUCCUUGACGAUAGUCAGAAACCUGCAACUGAUCAGGUUGAUGGUCUCGAAGAGGAAAGAGAGGCAUUGCACCCCGGAUCUAUGCUACAUGAGAAGUGCAAACCAUCUGACAUGAGAUCUAAAGAAGCAGUUAAUACUUCUGAAUUGGUUGAAGCUAGUGAAACUGUAUAUCCUGGGACACAUUCAAAGAAGAGAAAGAAAUCUAAGAGGACAAGGGCUUUGUUGAGCACAACGCUAACAUUAGGUACCGAAAAUGUUAAAAGCUCCACAACUGCUGACGCUGCUUCAAUUGAGCCUCAUAAAGACGUGAAUGGGGAUGAUUCCAAUUAUAAAGGUAAUCAAGAGGAUAGCAAUUUGGCUGAAAAGGAAAUGGAAGAAGUAUCAGAAAUGGAUAAAGAUGUGGCUGUCACUUCUCAAUUGGCUGGGGCUAGUGAAGCUGUGAAUCCUGGGACACCAUCAAAGAAAAAAAAGAAGUCUAAAAGGACGAGGGAUUUGUUAAGCAGAACACCAGGAUCAGGUACAGAAAAUGCAAAUAGCUCUGCAGCUGCUGCCACUAGUUCAAACGACCACCAUAAAGCUGCAAGUGGAGAUGAUUCCAAAGAUAGAGUUAAUCAAGAGGAAAGCAAUUUGCAUGCAAAGGAAGGGAAAGAAGUAGUGGAAAAGGAUAAAGUUGUUGUCGCUUCUGAAUUGGUUGAGGCUAGUGAAACUGUGAAUCCUGGGACACCAUCAAAGAAAAGAAAGAAGUCCAAAAGGACAACAGAUUUGUUAAUCAGAACACCAGCAUCAGGUACAGAACAUGUUAAUAUCUCUGCUGCUGCUGACGCUGCUUCAACUGAGCCUCAUGAAGCUGUGAAUGGGAAUGAUUCCACUGAUAAAGUUAACCAGGAGGAAAUCAAUCUGCUGGCGAAGGAAGGGAAAGAGGUAUCGGAAGUGGAUAGAGAAGUAGUGGUCACUUCUGAGUUAGUUGAGGCUAGUGAAGCUGUGAAUUGUGGGACACCAUUAAAGAAAAGAAAGAAGUCCAAACGGACUAGGGAUUUAUUAAGCGGAACACCAACAUCAGGUACAGAACCUAAUAGUUCUGUGGCUGACACUUCUCCUACUGAGCGUCAUAAUUCAGUGAAUGGCGAUGAUUCCAAUGAUAAUGGAAAUAAAGAGGAAAACAGUAUGGCUGCAAAGAAAGGGAAAGUGGUGUUAGAAAUGGAUGCAGCAAGUACUUUUCGUCUAGCUACUGAUACAGAAAUUGAUGAUGUGAUUGAGAAUGUAGUCAAAUCUGCUGUCAAUGGUUGUCCAUCUAAAAUUGAUCAUUCUGACAAAGCUGGUCAUGGUAUGGAAGUUUCCUGCAGAAGCGAUAGGAUCAACUUCAACGAGUACUUUGUGCCUAACCAAGACCUUGGCAAAACUGCUGCUUCUGGUGAGGUGCUUGUUGACAAAGCAACAAAAGCAAAACAAGUUGGUGGUAUGAAUUCUAACAAGAAGAAGAAGAAGCUAGAUGCACUUUCUCGUGUUCCAUCAUUUGAUUUACAUGGUUCAUCAAGGUUAAAUGUGAAUGAUGGAAUUGGAGAAAAGCCUCCAGCUGGCGGGGUUAAAGUUCCACCAUCUAGCAAGUCUGAUAAGAUCAGCUCCACUCCUGCAGAAGCUAGAAAAUCUGGUGCUUUGGGGCUCGUUGUCACCAAUACCUUUGCAAAGAACAACAAAGAACCCUCUGCUGCAUCAUAUUCUAGCUUGGAAAGUUCUAGAAAAACAAGGGCUAGAGGGCAUGGUUCAGAUAAACAACACAAUCAAACGAAUGGUAGAGAAGUUUCCCCUGCUAAUGUUGAGGGUGUUGUAAAUAGUUCACAACGUAAAAAGAGCUUGAUAGGAAAAUCGGGCACAAUAUUCCAGGAUGAUAAUUAUGAGCAUUCUGCAGAGGAUAGAACUGAGAGUUCAGAUUCCAGCACUAGAACUCCUUCAGAUAAUUCAUUGUCUUCUGACUACUCAGACGGAGAAAGCAAUUCAGAUUUUAACUCAUCUCAAAAUGGAUAUUACUGCUUGAAAAGCAAGGAAGGUGGUGGAAAGAACAUCAAAAAACCACUUUCAGGCCUGACCUUGGAGAAAAUCCUUAGAAGUUCAAGCAGAUAUAAAAAGGCCAAGCUAACAGCUUCCCAGUCGCAGCUCGAGGACACUGAAAAUGAGCCUGUUGAUUUUGUUCCAGACAGCCAAGCAAACCCUUGAUCACCCUAUUGUCUUGUUUUGUCUGUAUUCCUACUGGUAUUUUUGUUGUUUUCUAUGACUUGGCCUGCGGGAACCCCAAUUUUGUUCUGAAUUUUUUCUCGUUCUCCUUUCUUUUUUGGUAAAAAAGCAAGGCAUUUGGCCAUUCAAUCUCUCUGGUCUUGUUUUCUCCCUUAUGGCCGUGGAAGGACAUCGAAAGAAAAAAUUGAGGUCUAGAUGCUUUGUUUCAUUGAAAUCGGGGGUUUCAACCUUCUCAUUGA